AUAAAACCAGAGUUGUUUUGGCCGGCUUCACCAUUCUUCUAGUGAACGUAUUACAGAUCAAAGUAGUGAGAAAGUUAAAAGGUCAAAAUGAAAGCCAUCAUUUGUUUCGUUGCUAUCAUUGCCGUUGCCGUCGCAUUUCCAGCUCAGGAAGGUGCAGCCUACACCAACGAAGCCAUUCGGCAAGCACAAAGCUCACAUUUAAUCCCACAAAAUGCACAAAUCCAAAAAGUUGAAUCAUCGAUUCCAUUAAAUGAAUUGGAAAACAUUCCUGGCAAUCAACGUGUGGACUUAUAUGCUAUUUUGGGCUCGGAGUUCCCAUCUGAAGUCGUUCAAAAUCUUCAACGACAAAUCGACAGCGUUGGACGUAACUAAAUUGAACGAUGAUAUUCCCAACAAAAAAAAA